AUGUUAGACCUCCUCUGCGGAUCUUGUCCAGAUUUUCGCACGCGUUACUUCGAAAUCACGCGCCUCUCUCGUUCGGCACACUCCGAAAGUGAAGCUCUCCACCGUCCGGAAACGGCAAUGCCGGCAGACCGAGACCGAAGCGCUCUCUCUGCGCACGGAAAGGUGUGGUGUCAUUGCUCUUCUGUCGUACCGGAAAAUGGCUUCCGCAAGUGUCAAGAGGGAAACGAGGUUGAUGUGAAGGGCAAUGCGAAGAAUAGGAUUGGGCCGAACCGGGAUUGA